AUGCCUUCCGCGACAGGUCGAAACUGGGAAAAGUACCAGAAAACGUUCGCCGAUGACGAGACAGAAGAGAAGAAGAUAACCCCUCUGACGGACGAGGAUAUCCAGGUUUUAAAGACGUACGGUGCCGCGCCGUACGGAACCGCGAUCAAGAAGCUGGAGAAACAAAUCAAGGAAAAGCAACAGAGCGUGGAUGAGAAGAUUGGUGUCAAAGAAUCUGAUACAGGUCUGGCGCCCCCGCAUUUAUGGGAUGUCGCGGCCGAUCGUCAAAGAAUGUCUGAAGAGCAGCCUUUCCAGGUGGCGCGCUGCACAAAGAUUAUCGAAGACGACAAGGGCGACGAAUCAAAGAAGAAGUACGUCAUCAACGUCAAGCAAAUCGCCAAGUUUGUUGUUCAGUUGGGGGAACGGGUGAGCCCAACAGAUAUUGAGGAGGGAAUGCGAGUCGGCGUCGACCGAAACAAGUAUCAGAUCAUGCUGCCUUUACCACCAAAGAUUGAUGCCAGCGUGACGAUGAUGACGGUCGAGGAGAAGCCCGAUGUCACAUACGGCGAUGUGGGCGGCUGCAAAGAGCAGGUUGAGAAGCUGCGAGAAGUCGUCGAGAUGCCUCUGCUGUCUCCAGAGCGGUUCGUCAACCUCGGCAUCGACCCUCCCAAGGGGGCACUUCUCUACGGCCCGCCCGGCACCGGUAAAACGCUGUGCGCUCGAGCUGUAGCCAACAGGACGGACGCCACCUUCAUCCGAGUCAUCGGAAGCGAACUGGUGCAAAAAUACGUUGGCGAAGGUGCACGGAUGGUUCGCGAGCUGUUCGAGAUGGCGCGGACCAAGAAGGCGUGCAUCAUCUUCUUUGACGAAAUCGACGCUGUUGGCGGAGCACGGUUUGACGAUGGUGCCGGCGGCGACAAUGAAGUUCAGAGAACCAUGCUCGAGCUCAUCACCCAACUAGAUGGCUUCGACGCUCGUGGAAAUAUCAAGGUCAUGUUUGCCACCAACAGGCCGUCGACCUUGGAUCCCGCCCUGAUGCGGCCAGGGCGUAUCGAUCGGAAGAUUGAGUUUUCGCUGCCGGACCUGGAGGGCCGGGCCAAUAUCCUUCGCAUCCACGCCAAGAGCAUGUCGGUUGAGCGAGACAUCCGAUGGGAGCUUAUUUCGCGCCUGUGCCCCAACGCCACCGGCGCAGAGCUCAGAAGUGUAUGCACAGAAGCCGGCAUGUUUGCGAUUAGAGCCAGGAGAAAGGUGGCCUCGGAAAAGGACUUUUUGAGUGCCGUGGACAAGGUCAUCAAGGGCAACCUCAAGUUUAACUCGACUGCCACGUACAUGCAGUACAACUAG